CGUGAAGGAAUGUCCGCUGACGUCACUGCGUGUGUCUUUGAGAGGGCUGCAGCUGCCUGAGAGCAACAACAACACUGCGCCUUUAACGCCACGGAAUAUCCCCGUUAUCUGGACGUUCGUCGUGGAAGCACACAUCCGGUUACCGAACACGUAGACUGUGUUCGGGGGAGCAUCUGGGUCAGCGGGCCUUUAGUCGGUGGUCCCGGUGCAUCAGCGGCCCCGUCUCUUGCGGAAUAUACACACCGUGUCACGAGCAGGCACCGUGGGAACAUGCAGGGUAACGGGGCGGGACACAACCAGUACAGCCGAAACGGUGCGCAGAACAGCGAGCCGUCGUCCACUGGAGCAGCGCACUCUAACGGACUCCAGUCCGUCCCCAACAAUGCAAACACCGCGAGCAACAACAACAACAACAACGGAGGCUCUGCUCCGCCUGCGGACAACAACAGCCCGACGGAGGCUGGCGGGAGGAGGAAGAAGCGUCCGGCCCAGUCCGAGGAGGACGUCAUCCGCCUCAUAGCACAGCAUCUUCACCACUUGGGUCUCAACCAGACGGUGGACCUCCUGAUGCAGGAGUCAGGCUACAAACUGGAGCACCCCUCUGCCACCAAGUUCCGCAAUCAUGUCAUGGAAGGAGAAUGGGACAAGGCCCACAGUGACCUGAACGAGCUAAAGGCCUUGAUGCAUUCUCCGGGUGCUAUAGUGCGGAUGAAGUUCCUGUUGCUGCAGCAGAAGUAUCUGGAGUAUCUGGAGGAUGGAAAGGUCCUGGAGGCCCUGCAGGUCCUCAGAGCAGAGCUAACCCCUCUCAAGUACAACACAGAGCUUAUCCACAUUCUGAGCGGGUACCUGAUGUGCAGCCACGCCGAGGACCUGCGAGCCAAAGCAGAGUGGGAAGGCAAAGGCACGUCUUCAAGAACCAAGCUGCUGGACAAGCUGCAGACAUACCUGCCUCCGUCAGUGAUGCUGCCUCCUCGUCGCCUGCAGACUCUGCUGAAACAGGCGGUUGAGCUGCAGAGGGAGCGCUGCCUCUACCACAACACCAAGCUGGACAGUGGACUGGACUCAGUGUCUCUGCUGCUGGACCAUGCCUGCAGCCGAAAGCAGUUCCCCUGCUACACUCAGCAGAUUCUCACGGAACACUGCAACGAAGUCUGGUUUUGUAAGUUUUCCAACAAUGGCACCAAACUGGCAACCGGGUCCAAAGACACCACAGUCAUUGUGUGGCACGUGGAUGCGGUAAUGUCUCAUUUACUUAUUGUCAGUGUCUCUUCACAGCAGGAUAAACUAGCUGGAAUGCGAGGGUUGACAGGUUUUCCUGUUGGUCGGCAGGAAACCCAUCAGCUUAAGUUUAUGAAGACUCUGGAGGGCCAUGCUUAUGGUGUUUCCUACCUGGCAUGGAGCCCCGACGAUGCGUUCCUGAUAGCCUGCGGACCUGAUGACUGCUCUGAGCUGUGGCUGUGGAAUGUACAGACCGGGGAGUUACGGACAAAGAUGAGUCAGUCUCAUGAGGAUAGCCUGACCAGCGUUGCCUGGAAUCCAGAUGGGAAACGCUUCGUCACCGGCGGACAGAGAGGCCAGUUCUACCAGUGUGAUAUGGAUGGAAACUUACUGGACUCAUGGGAAGGAGUUCGGGUGCAGUGCCUGUGGUGUCUGAGUGACGGCCGAACCGUCCUUGCAUCAGACACACACCAACGCAUCCGUGGAUACAACUUUGAGGACCUGACCGACCGAAACAUAGUGCAGGAGGACCACCCAAUCAUGUCCUUCACUGUAUCCAAAAAUGGAAGAUUAGCUCUGCUCAAUGUUGCAACUCAGGGAGUGCACUUAUGGGACCUGCACGACCGGGUACUGCUGAGGAAGUACCAAGGGGUGACCCAGGGCUUCUACACUAUCCACUCCUGCUUCGGAGGGCACAAUGAAGACUUCAUCGCAAGUGGCAGUGAAGACCACAAAGUUUACAUCUGGCACCGGCGCAGUGAGCUGCCCAUCGCUGAGCUGACAGGUCAUACCCGCACAGUCAACUGUGUGAGUUGGAACCCUGUUGUGCCAGGACUGCUGGCGAGCGCCUCUGAUGACGGAACCGUUCGUAUCUGGGGACCCGCCCCCUUCCUGGAUGUCCAGGAUACAAAGGGGCACAAUGAAUGUUGCAGCAUGGACAGCUGCUGAUCCCGAGGACAAUCACACAUUUAGAAGUGACUGAAGGAAGCAGGAACAGCUUGGGUCAGAGGACGGCAGCGUACUGGACACGGGCCAUGGUACCAUCCUGGGCUACACAACCCUCAGUACCAUCCAGUACCACCCACCUCCUGCUAUUUAGCAUCAACUCCAUUAUGUAUUUAUGGGGGGUUCAUUGACUUGUGCUAGGCUCCGACGUAGCGGUGCCUUGUGGAGGUUGUGUGUUGUUAUUUUGAUCCCGUCUUGAGUCAAAGCUGCUCUGUUGAGGUUUCAGCUUUUUUCCUUUUUCACUGCCUGAACCUUUGUGAGAUAUGAACUGUAGGGCCAUCAACUUGAGGAACACCUAUGACCAUUUAAUGCAGAGUGGUGUUUAGCCACUUCUAGCAGGAAGGAAUGUGAUCUGAACAUUCCUGAAUAUGAUGAGCAUGUUGGGUAUGCUUUACACUGGACUGCUAUAGAACACAUGGAUGCCUUCUACAGCUGAUGUGUGGAGACUUGCAGAGAUCAAAGGAUGAUGUCAUAAUAAUGAUUUGGUAUAGAUUUGCUCUUGGUGUUGCACUCUUCACUACUUAGUCUUUGCUCAUUGGUCCUUUGUCUGUCGUCCCCUGCAUCCAGCAGUUUUCAUAUGAGUUGAAUUGUUACAUGUUUUAAGUUGAACUUAUUACGCUUUUUAGCUUUUUUUUGUAUUAUUGUAAGGCCAAUAUACUAAUAAUGGACAUAAAUACAAUUUCUUUUUACAAGCAAAACAGUUGAAAUGAUGAAGACACUUGCAAAUGACAAGGUUGUAAAAAAUGUAAACCCUACUUUUUAAAAUUAAAACACUUCCUGUGUCUUAAUUUAAAACCCAUCAGCCUCCAAAUUCCCAGUUCAGCUGGUGUUAUUGUUUUGUUUCAUAUUGUCAACAAAUCCAAAGCAGCAAUGCCUUUGACAGUGUGACCUGUGUGACACUCAGCUGUUGGCCCCUUGGUUCCUACUGAAGCCCUGCUGGAACAUGUGUGGUCAUUUCCUAACAGACAUUACUCCGACACACGGGUCGCUGAAUGACUACAAAUGUGGUGCUUUUGUGAGUAUCAUGGCAGCAGGACGGUAUAUGUGGGAUUGAGUCCAAAUACGGUUCAGUGUGUGUUGACGGUGAUGAAGGAACAUAUCACCCAGUGUUUGUGUAGUUUUUAGUCAACAAUCUAUGACACAGAUGAAGAUCUAUCGAGCUUUGAUACACACACAGUACUCAUUUUUACGGGGAAGGUGCAUGAGAUUUGUUAAGGAAUCAAUUAAAGAAAGAAUAAAAGAAAAGUUUAGGACUUUAGUAAGCUGAGGAGACUGGAACAAAAUGAUCUGUAACAAUCAUUUGUACAGUUGUACAAGUGUAACAUAAUGCUAAUAUAAACUUCUACAGAGUCAAAAUAAUUAUCUUAGCUAAUCUAGUAUUCUGUGAAACACGUGCUGUGUAAUUGUUUGUAAUGGCAAACAAGAUGAUGUGUUUUUCGGGGUUCCCAUGAGCCUGGAUUCAGAUUACAAAAGGUGUCACAUGCUCCUUCAGAGCUCCAUACCUUCACUACACUGUAGUACUGUGCCAGAAAGCAGCACAGUAAUACGUAUUUGUACACAGUAAGGGAUGUCAGACACUUAAUUCAACCCCAGAUAUGGUGUUCUACCCUCUGUUUGUUCAGACUACUCCAGGCUUCUCUUCUUUUGUGUUUUUGUCAGAAGAAGAAGUCAAAGUAUGAAGUUGGUUUGCUUGCAGGGAGUUUCUGUCAGAAACCAUUUGGUAUUUUAAAUAUUAAUUCAAAAUGUGAUUGUACUGUGGUGUAUUAUCUGUCGGAGAAAUGUCAAGUAAACAUAUUUUUAAUAAAGCAUUCAGGGUUUUAAAAUGUA